UAAGAAAAUAAAUAAGAGUUAUUUUGAGUCUCUGCCUUUGUCUCCGUUUUCUCGCCCGUUUUCCAUGGGAGUUCCUCCCCCUGCGGCGCUGGGCGGAGUUUCAUACCGAACAAGACGCUCCUUUUGUCGGCUGUGUUUCGACCUGACUCCCCGGGGUUUACAAUCGAAAAACAGGCGCUUAAUCACCCCGAAAACCGUUAACACCACAUCGGUGUGCUUCGAUAACAUCCGCUGCUUCGUUAGUGGUAAAAAGGUGAAAGAAUUGGAGAGCCUGGCUCCGGUCUCACCAUGAAUGGUAGCAGCAAUGUCUCCGCUGUUGCUCAGAAUGUCCAUGUCAAGAAUGACCCAGAUGGGGUGGCAUGGAGCAAGGAGGACUGCCUGACGCUCCUGGAGCGCAUCCGCGGCCUGCUGCCAGAAGGAGAUGCCAUGAAGUACAAGACCACCGAGUCACACUUUGACUGGGAGAAGGUGGGCUUCGGCACGUUCACCGGGGAUAUGUGCAAGCAGAAGUGGCAGAAGGUCUCCGCUGAGGUGCGGAAGUAUCGCACCAUGACGGAACUCAUUAUCGACGCAAUCGAGUUUGUAAGGAACCCUUAUAAAGGGAAGAAACUGAAGACGCACCCAGACUUCCCCAAGAAGCCUCUGACUCCAUACUUUCGCUUCUUCAUGGAGAAGAGGGCCAAGUAUGCCAAGAUCCACCCAGAGAUGAGCAACCUGGACCUUACCAAGAUCCUCUCCAAGAAGUACAAAGAGCUGCCAGAGAAAAAGAAGCUCAAGUACAUCCAGGAGUUCCAGCGAGAGAAGGAGGCAUUUGAGAAGAACAUGGCACGCUUUAAGGAAGAUCACCCAGAGCUGAUUGAGGAGAGGAAGAAGUCAGGUCUUCCAGAGAAACCCAAGACACCCCAACAACUGUGGUACAACCAUGAGAAGAAAACCUACAUGAAGCUGCAUCCUGAUGUGAGUCAGAAGGAUCUCAAGGAGGCUCUAAGGCGGCAGUGGUCCCAGCUUUCUGACAAGAAGCGCCUCAAGUGGAUCAGCAAGGCUCUGGAGCUGCAGAAGGCCUACGGGGACAGCAUGAAGGCGUACCAUGAGGCCCACCCUGAGGCUAACUCGGACGAACACUUCAAGUCCGUCCUAACCAAAGCCGAGCGGCAACUCAAGGACAAGUUUGACGGACGGCCCACCAAACCACCUCCGAACGGCUACUCGCUGUACUGCGCCGAGUUGAUGGUGAACAUGAAGGACGUUCCCAGCACAGAACGAAUGGUGCUCUGUAGCAAACAGUGGAAGAUGAUGACCCAGAAGGAGAAGGACAUGUUCCAGAAGCGAUGCGAGCAGAAAAAGAAACAGUAUGAGAUGGACCUGCAAAGAUUUCUGGAGAGUCUUCCGGAGGAGGAGCGGGAACGUGUGCUGGCAGAGGAGAAGCUGGCGGGGACCCGGCUGGCAAUGGGGAGCGCAGGCAGCCCCGUACAAUCAAAGUCACCCUUGAACAAGGAGAGGUGCAAUGACUCUGACCUGGAGCACUGGGAACAAGGCCUUGCCAAAGAGAAACGUGACAGCAGGAAGCGACCACGCCUUCCUGAGACGCCCAAGACAGCCGAGGAGAUGUGGCAGCAGAGCGUCAUCGGAGACUACCUGGCCAAGUACAGGAGCGAUCGCAAGAAGGCACAGAGUGCCAUGGAAUCAACGUGGAAAGCAAUGGAGAAGAAGGAGAAGAUCCCCUGGAUCAAAAAGGCAGCAGAGGACCAGAAGCGAUACGAGGUUCAGUACAGGCCUGUGAGAGAGCUGCUGGAGAUGAGGACUCCAGUAUCUGGACAAGGUCAGAGGAAGCCCAAAUUUGAUGGCGAGCCUAAAAAGCCUCCAGUGAGCGGUUACCAAAUGUUUUCCCAGGAGCUGCUGACCAGUGGGGAGCUCAACCACUUCAGCUUGAAGGAGCGCAUGGUGGAGAUCGGCAAGCGUUGGCAUAAACUCACUCAGAGCCAAAAGGACAAGUACAGGAAGCAGGUGGAGGAACAGCAGAUAGAGUACAAGGUCGAGCUGGACUCCUGGGUCAAGUCGCUUUCUCCUCAGGAGCGUGCUGUUUACAAAGAGUUUAGCAACACGAAGCGACGUAGCACAACCAAGGUCCAAGGUCCUGGGGCGAAGGUGCGGGUGACGAAGGGGAAGGCGGUAGGUCCCAGAGCCGGAGGACUGGGGGCCGGGGGGGGCAAGCGUGCCAUGGCGUACCGAGCCAAGCAGGACACCUCAGAUUCAGAUGAUGAUGACGAGAAGACAGAUUCAUCUGAUUCUGAGGAAGAGGAUGAGUCAUCUGGCAGCUCAGACAGUGAUGAUGACGAUGAGGACGACGAUGAGAAUGAUGACGAUGAUGAUGAAGAGGACGAUGAUGAUCAGUCGGAUGGCACUAGCAGCUCAUCAUCAGAUGACAGCAGUGAAUCAGACUCUGACUAAUGCUGAAGCCCCCAUCAGAGGGGCUGUGCGGGACACACCCCUCCCAAGAGUCCAAACCUGUCCCUGAUGACAGAACAGGGUGGGGUGGUGACCUCAUGUAUGAUGGCUUCACCCCCCUGUGGAAAAGCCAGACAAAGAGAAACUGGGGGUCUGCAGCCCCCUCAGAGACUGCAAAGCAACUGGACAGUUUCUCUUUUAAAAGGAGCUGUGUUACUUGGGUGUUUAUUACAUUUUUAUGGCCUUUAUAUAACUGUGUUACCAUAAACAAUGUGUCCUUUCUUAGAAUGAAAUGAAAGCAGUAGAAGAGUUGGAGUUCCUCAUGCGUUUGGCUUACGGGGGGAGGUUGAUGGAGAAGGGAGGAAGACUUGUAGGCAAUGAUCUCUAGGGUGGUCAGUGUGUGUUCAUCACUCAAGGAGAUUUUGUAUGGAGAAAAGACUUAUUUUCUUACUGCAUCCUGGUCUGGACACUUUUUUUUGAUCAAACCCCAAAUA